CAGAUUGGGACGUACACAUACACAAUUAUCAAAAAUUAAUCAGCUGUUACUCCUUGUUGCUGUAAGUUUGUUAAGAUGUAAUAAAUGUGAUACAGAUUCUGGUGAUGUCUGCGGAGCGUCUGAGCCAUGUCAUGUGACUUUAGUUUCACACCAAGUAAUAUUUUGUAUACUUCUUGGACGUGUCUGAUGAACCCUAGUAGAUGUCUGGCGGAAGUGAAAUAAAUUUUUAUGACACGAUAGUGCACUGAAAUGUAUUUUUUUGUUGUAUUUAUAUGUGAUAUUUGUUGUUAACUGUCCACUUUGUGAUAACUGACAUGUCUUGAGACGUCUGACAUGUCUUGAGACGUACAAGAGUACCUGCUUAGCCGUCCUUGUCAUACCAGGUGGCACAAGGGGAAGGGCUUUAAGGGGUAGGGACCUGUAGCACAGUGGUCUAUGGCCUCAGCUCACACAACCUAGGGAUCCAGGUUCAAUUCCCGGUCAAUGCCGAAAAAGAUUAUACGUAUGAUGAGAUCAUGAAGUUUUUAAUUUUGAGCCAGUAAAAUAUUGUGGAUAGCCAUAUUAGCAAGAUCGGUGUGGAAGCCCAGUAAAGCAGAAGAUGACGCAACAUAUGCACAGUUACUCAGGUCAGAGUUAUGACCGCUGGGUAGAGCGUAACUCAAACAGCUCCACACUAGGCAAGGUCCAAAAGCAAUUUUGGUUUACCAAAAGUGCUGUCAUACGUAAGUUUGGGAAGAAGGAAGACGAGCAUGUGGUUGCUUCUGAUGCUGAACUGGAUGCAAAAAAGGAGCUCUUUAAGGCUAUAGAAUCUAGCACCAAGGAUCUGCAGGUAUUGCUUGCUGAUUACCAGAACAAGAUAUGUGUUAUGGCCCAAGAAGAAAAUGCACUGGGUCGUCUCUUAAAGGAAUAUGGGAAGCAGGACAAGACUCGAGCUGGAAAAAUGAUGACUGCUGUAGGCAAAAGCUUGAGCUACACUGCCCAGCAGAGAGUAGCACUCAGAAACCCCCUGGUUCGGCUGUUCCAAGAGGUUGAUACUUUCCAUACUCGUGCAGUCGAGGAUACUGCAUGCACCGUUGCAGAGAUGGAGAAAAUAAGAACUGAAUACCGCGGUGCGCUUAUGUGGAUGAAGAACAUCUCUCAAGAUUUUAACCCAGACCAAUAUCACCAGUUGGAAAAAUUUAGAGAAGUUCAAGGAACAGUGAAGCAAAAGAAAGCCAAGUUUGAUCGUAUCAAACUGAAGAGCUUGCAGAAGAUUGACCUCCUUGCAGCGUCUAGAUGCAACAUGUUUUCUCAUGCCCUUAUAGUUUACCAAAAUAACCUUAUUACAUUCUCAGACAAAACUUCUAAAACCAUGAACACAGUUGCUAAUAAUUUUAAAGGUUAUCAUCCUUAUGAUUUUCAAGUUAUAAAGGAACUUGCAGAACCCCCAGCAAAACUGAGUGAUGAUACUAAGGAAGAAGAAGAGGAUGAUGUUGACAAACUAGAAGCAGAUGAUGAAACAUUCUUCCAUGCCGAGUAUCACGAUGAUCCGGAAACAAAUAAUAUUAGAAGCCAAGAGAAACAGUCAACUAAGAUAACCAAAAACCUAAGUAAUGAUCUAAAUAAAUCAGACAGUAUGGUCAAUCUUCUCGACUGCAGUGACGAGAAUAAAAGCGAGGUACUAGCCUCGUUACAUGAGGCAGAGAACAAGCCAGCCACACACCAAGAUAAUUGUGAGCAAAGUUCCCAAAUAAUGGAUUUCUUGACAAAUAAUCCAGAAGUGCCUGAUACAGAAAAGGAUACACAACAGAUGCUAAAGGAAUUAUUUGACAGCCCUGUCCAUCAGCCACUUCCAGUAUUUGGCAGUGAAUUGAGUGAAUGUACAUCUCCAGUCAGUGCUAUGGCCAACAGCUCCAUCAUUUCUCACGGUCUUGAGGACUUGGACACUGAUUCCUUUUCCAUGUUACAGAAUCAGUCAAACCAGCAACCACAAAACAUGUUCCUCCCAUCCCAGCUUUUAGACUUUGGGAUGAAAAGCUGGAAACCCCAGACAGUCCAACAGGCUACAGCACCAACUCUUCAACCCCAAACCCUUAACUCAUCUUCGAACAAAACUUUGCCAGCUAAUUCUUGGAUGCAGCAGAAGCGUUCUCCUACGGGUACAAGCAACUUAUCUAACCAAAAUUUAAAGCAAGAAGUUCAAAAGUUGGAUUGGUAUAAAGUAUUUCAGGACAUUGACCCUCUAGGUGAUCCAGCAAGUGCUAUCUUCAACCAAGUAACAGAGGACGAUAAAAAGUGUUAAGCUAUAUUAAGUAACUUACCUGAGAAAAGUCAGUACAGUUAUAGGUGAUUACAAAGGGUCUAUUAUUUUUUACUGAACGUUAACUUGGCUUGUCAUAGCUAAGUCUUCCUAGCUCUAAAUGCCUUAAUAUUUUUUUUAUUUUUAUUCAUAUGGAGUAAUAGUUUGCUAUCUGUAGCCAACUUGUUACUGUAUUUAAGUUUAUGUUGUCAUGAAGUUACAAUUUAUCAUUAUGUUACAAGUAUUAUGCUAAAAUAAGUCAAACAAAAGAGUACAUGCAUUCCACUAGUCACUUUUAUGAUAGAAUCCCAUGGUCAGUUUUUUUUCUAGUCCAGAUGAUGAACCUCAUUGACCGUAGACAGUUUGACCACAGGUUAGACUAUGGCCUCGUACACAGGCUGUAAAAGUAAGUUUAGAUUCAUUAGGGGAGUAUUGAAACAAGUGAACAAGUUGGUAGACUGAUUUUCUCUCAGGUCAUCACAUUUUUGUAAUAUUUAUAUACAUCUUAUACACCUGCAACUUUACAGCACAGUUUAGCUAACAGUCAAAAGUGUAUGAUAGAUAUUAUGCAUUUCUUCUAUUAUGAUGGAAAGGAUCUCUUUAUUUUAGUUAUACACAAAUACCCUCGCCAGGAGGCUCUUCUACCGCUUUAAUAUAUUUUUUUACAUCGUAUUGAAUUUUUCCAUUAGUUUUGGUAACCUUUAAGAUUUGCCAUCGUGCAUAUUUGUGUACAUGUGUAUUUGAAUACAGUAUACAGUACAGUGCAUGGUACUGUACUACUAAAGCAAGUAACCAUUG